CACGAACUGGACACAGAGCGUAUAGGGGCCUUCCCCUCCUGUUUGCGGAAGACUAUUACAUCGACAGCCGAACACAGACGCCACCACUCGGCCAGAAUGGCCAGUAAGCACUUUGCGCUGGUGACACUGGCGCUGGUGGCACUGCUGAGCGGUGCCGCCAUCGCCAAGAUCAACGUGAACCUCACGGACAAGCUGGUCGAUCUCGUCAAGAAGAAGACCAUGGAGCCGUUCGUGGAGGAGCUUCAGCGCGAGGACAUGGACGUGAACCAGCCGGACUCCAAGGGCCGCCUGCCUCUUAUCGAGGCGGUGCGCACGAAGGAGGUUAAGCUGGUAGAUGCACUGCUGCAGUACGGAGCGCUGGCGAAGUCAAAGGACCCCGCAACCGGCGCCUCGCCGCUGCACGUGGCCUUCCAGCAGAACCUGCCCCAGAUUGCCCGGCUGCUGCUUCAGUACGGCGCGGACAUCAAUGUGGAGGACAAGGCCGGCAAGAAGGCGCGGGAGUUCGCGCCCUCCAAGGAGAUCCGCGACCUCAUCACCGCCUACGACGCCGACGGCGCCCUGGCCUUUGAGGACGCGCCCGGCACCUGGACCAAGCAGAACAAGGACGCCAAGGAGGACUACUGGUUCAACGCAAAGACAGGCGAGAGCCGCUGGAACCUGCCCCCCAGCUGCGCCUGGCAGCGCGUGGACGUGCAGGGCCACCCCAUCAAGUACAUCAACGCCGUCACCGGCCAGGAGGUCACCACCGUGCCGCCGGCUCUGGCCUGGGCCAAGCUGCACACCGAGGGUCAGGACAUCUGGUACAACUGGAAGCUGAACGUGUCGCAGAUUGAGAAGCCUCACGAGGUGCCUGAGGCCAUGCUGGCGGACAUUGAGAAGAACAUCAACGUGCGCUGGCACAACGAGAAGACCGGCGAGUUCGCCUGGAUCGACCCCGCCUACCACACCCCCUGGCGCGAGCUGCAUGACGACGAGCACAAGAAGCCCUACUGGUUCAACGUGGAGACGGGCGAGAGCGUGUGGGACAUGCCCGAGGCGGUGGCCUGGACCAAGGUUAAGGACGACGACUCGGGCCACCACUACUUCUUCAACCGCCUGACCCAGGACAGUACCUGGGAGGCCCCCGAGCACCUGGCCUGGGUGCGCCACGACUCCGACCUGUGAGCGGCCGCCGGCAUGCUCGCAGCCAGGAGUCCAUAGCCUCAUAGCUGGAGGGCGCUGGUGUACAUAGUGGGACCGAGGGAACAGCUGCAAAAGGAGGUUGCUGGGUGCAGCUGCAACGGCAGCCGGGACAAGGGCAGCCUAGCGUGUGCAUGGGCUCUUGACGGCUGACGUGGCAGUGUGUUGUAGGGCAUUGUGCGGCAGCCAUGGGCUGAGUUCCACGGUGUGGUGUUGUCGCUGCGUUGUGCGAAGGGCGCCCGUCGGUGCUCGCGGUGGGGAAGAAGAUCCAAGUACAUGUGCGGUACAGUGCUGGGUGAAGAGGGCGAGAGUGGAGUAUGGGUCGGCGACGGAGGCAAAUCGCCAGACCAGCUUUCAUUCUUUUGUGCAUGCUAGGCAACCUAGUGUAUGGUGUGGAUGUGAGGAUAUGGAUGCGCAUGAUGCACAAGUUGUAGUGACUAGGUCUCAUUUCCUUGUGCAGCCCUGUGUGGGAGGAACCCACGUUCCCAACGACACCUGUUAGAAGCGGACCUGGAGAUGCCUUUUGACCAGCUGUCAUGCUACAAGCCCUGUGUCCUGUGCCCCAAGAAGUCACUCCAAAUGUAGGGAGUUAUAGUUGACAGUUUGGGCCCAGCUGCGUGUGGCCCAGGCGAAGCAACUAUGGAUGACAGGAUGAGCAACUGGGGCUCGUGUUGGGUGUUCAUGCACGAGUGCAGGCUGGUGCAUGCAAGGCCGCAAGGGUGCAGGAGCACACGCAACACGCCGCCCCGCCGGCCCCGGUGGCCCGGUCUGCACCAAAUCAACCCCGAGCGAU